UUAUAGGAAUGUUACUGCUUGCCCGAAGUGUCCUUCUCAUGUAAGAGAAGAGAUUAGAGAGUUCAUGUCCAAAAAAAAGACACAAAAAGAAGAAAUGAACAUGUUGCCUGAUUUUGAUGACAUGGACAUGGACAUGGAAGAUGAAGAUGAAGAUGAUGAUGUUGUUGAGAUCAAUGUCAAUCAACACCGUAAGUUGACAAGUAGUAGCCAAGGUUCAUCCAAAUCCAAAUCCAAAUAAAAAAUGCCAAAGAGAAAAUGGCCUAUGGAUGUUUACUUCACACCCAAUCCUGAAUCAGUGGUGAAAAAUCGAAGAGACCAAGCAAAAAGGAAACAAACAAAAAUUGAUGCAAAUGACCCUUACAAAAAAGAAAUGAGAGCUCGGGCACUGCAAAGAUUUGCAAGGUUAUGAGAGUUUUGGACCAAUGAUUGAAGCCAUUGGCCAAUAUGGUCCUGGUAUGAAGCCACCGACUUACCAUGAAUUACUAGACAAGUUUGUGGAGAAAGUUGGAAAAGAGAAUGUCGUGCAAGUUAUCACUGAUAGCGCUGCAGCUAAUGUGUUGGCGGGGAGGUUUUUGGAAGCUAAGUAUGAACAGUUGUAUUGGACACCAUGUGCUGCUCAUUGUUUGGACUUGAUGUUAGAAGACAUUUUCAAGAUACCUAGACUGAAAAAGACAUUUGAAAGGGGUAUUGCAGUACAUGGCUACAUUUACAAUCGGCCUACGUUGUUAAACAUGAUGAGGCGCUAUACAAAUUUGAAGAAUUUGAUCAAGCCUGCAAAAACUAGAUUUGCAACCGCUUUUUUGACUUUGUCUAGGAUGCAUCAACAAAAAAACAAUUUGAGAAAGAUGGUCACCUCCGAAGACUGGACCUCAAGCAAAUCGGCAAAGGAGCCACAAGGUAAAAGAAUGGCACAAACUUUGUUGAUGCCUUCAUUUUGGAAUACUGUUGUGUUUGCCCUUAAGGUCUUGGGUCCUCUUGUCAAAGUGCUUAGAUUUGUUAAUACUGAGAAGAAACCUCCCAUGGGAUACAUUUAUGAGGUAAUGGAUAGGGCAAAAGAAUGCAUUGCAAGUUCAUUUGAUCAUAAAGAAGAGAAGUAUAAUGAAAUCUUCGAAAUCAUUGACAAAAGAUGGGAUGUCCAAUUGCAUCGACCUUUACAUGCAGCUGCGCAUUUUCUUAACCCAGAAUUCUUUUACCCAAAAGCGUUAGAGGUGCAAAGAGAUCAUGAAGUGAUGAAUGGGUUUUAUGAAUGCAUGCAAAGGUUGGUCCCGGAUGUCACUGUUCAAGAUUUGAUCACUAAUGAGAUGAGUAUUUAUAUGAAGGCUGAGAGUCUUUUUGGCAAGGCUGUUGCGAUUAGGCAAAGAAAUACAAGAGCACCAGCUGAUUGGUGGGCAUCAUAUGGUUCUUAUACUCCAAACUUGCAAACUUUUGCUAUAAAAGUCCUUAGCCUAACAUGUAGUUCAUCGGGUUGUGAACAAAAUUGGAGUGUAUUCGAACAUCUUCAUAGCAAGAAAAGAAAUAGAUUGGAACAACGUCUCAAUGAUUUAGUGUAUGUCAAAUACAAUAGAACAUUGAGAUUUAGGUAUGACAUGCGCAACACUCUUGAUCCCAUAUCUUUGCAAAAUAUUGAUGAAAGCAAUGAGUGGUUGCUUGGGAGGAUGGAUGGAGAAUCAGAUGAAGAUAAUGAGCCUGUGUUUGAUGAUGAUGAUAGCUUGACGUGGGCUACUGUUGCUAGAGCUUCUGGAGUAGAAGAAAGUAGCCAUGCAAGUAGAGCAACAAGUUCACGCUCAAAGGCACAACCGAGGAUAUCUAAACCAUCAACAUUGACUCCACUUCAAUAAAUAGAUGAAGAGGAAGCGGGCUCAGAUGACACAAAGGAGGAAGAUGUUGAGGGAUACAAAUCAACUGAUGGAGAAGAAGAUGAUAGUUUGCUU